AUGACUCUUCUGGGAGAUGAAAAUGUGCAAUAUCUUUUGAUCUCGUUGGUAUGGCUGUUGAGCAGGCAAAUUCCACUUGCCCUGCUUCCUUUCAGUGUCUAUUCCAUCUUCCACGUGGCAACCUAUACACGAACGAACCUAAUUCCCACUUUCCAACCUCCAGCGGCGGCACCUGCAGGUCAAUCACCUCAGACACAGAAGCCGCAAAGUGGACUGGCUGCAAUGAUCGGCAAGUUUGUCAAGGAAUACUACGAUGGCAGCAUGAUGCUGGUAGCAUGGCUUGAGAUUGCCCUGUGGGGACGUCUUUUCCUGUCUGCCUUGACUUUCAGCAAGGGAGCUUGGAUGUUGUUGGGACUGUAUACUGUCUUCUUGCGAGCACGAUUCCACCAGAGCACUUUUGUCCAAGGUGCAUUUGGUCAAUUCUCUGCUCGUAUCGAUCAACAGCUGAACCAACAGAAUAUUCCUCCGGCGGCUAAGCAGGGUUGGGAGACUGUCAAAAACCUCAGUCGGCAGGCAGUCGAAGCGACCGAUGUCAGGAAGUACAUUGGUGGUGCGCCAGCUGCUCAAAAGAAGGCAUCCUAA